GUUCCCGAGAGUAAAGCAAUGGGGAGCCAUUUGGCCUUGCUUCUGCUUUUGCUCCUCCUCCUCCAACAUUUUGGAGAUGGUGAUGGAAGCCAAAGACUUGAAGAGACUCCUCUACAGUUUACACACUUGCAGUACAAUGUCACUGUGCACGAAAACUCUGCAGCCAAAACUUACGUUGGGCAUCCUGUAAAGAUGGGUAUCUACAUCACCAAUCCGUUGUGGGAAUUAAGGUACAAAAUUGUCUCAGGAGACAAUGAAAACCUGUUCAAAGCUGAAGAGUACAUUCUUGGGGACUUUUGCUUUCUAAGAAUAAGGACCAAAGGAGGAAAUACAGCUAUUCUUAAUAGAGAGGUGAAAGACCAUUACACAUUGGUAGUGAAAGCAGUUGAAAAAAAUACUAAUGCUGAAGCCCGAACAAAGGUCAGGGUGCAAGUGCUGGAUACAAAUGACUUGAGACCAUUAUUCUCACCCACCUCGUACAGUGUUUCUUUACCCGAGAACACGGCCAUAAGGACCAGUAUUGCAAGAGUCAGCGCCACAGAUGCAGACAUAGGAACCAAUGGAGAAUUUUACUACAGUUUUAAAGACCGAACAGAUAUGUUUGCUAUUCAUCCAACCAGUGGUGUGGUAGUUUUAACUGGUAAACUUGACUACAUAGAGACCAAUCUCUAUGAGAUGGAAAUCCUUGCUGUGGACCGUGGAAUGAAAUUGUACGGUAGCAGUGGUAUCAGCAGCAUGGCCAAGCUGACAGUCCAUGUAGAACAGGCCAAUGAGUGUGCUCCUGUGAUAACAGCAGUGGCAUUAUCACCGUCAGAACUGGACAAGGACCCGACUUACGCCAUUGUGACAGUGGAUGACUGUGACCAGGGUGCCAAUGGGGAAAUAGCUUCUUUAAGCAUUGUGGCAGGUGACCUUCUUCAGCAGUUUAGAACAGUGAGGUCCUUCCCAGGGAGUAAAGAAUAUAAAGUCAAAGCCAUUGGUGGCAUUGAUUGGGACAGUCAUCCUUUUGGCUACAAUCUGACACUACAGGCUAAGGAUAAAGGAACUCCUCCCCAGUUCUCUUCAGUAAAAGUAAUUCAUGUGACCUCUCCACAGUUCAAAGCUGGGCCAGUCAAGUUUGAAAAGGAUGUUUACAGAGCUGAAAUAAGUGAAUUUGCUCCUCCCAACACACCUGUGGUCAUGGUAAAAGCCAUUCCUAGUUAUUCCCACUUGAGGUAUGUUUUCAAAAGUACACCUGGAAAAGCUAAAUUCAGUUUAAAUUACAACACAGGGCUCAUUUCCAUUUUAGAACCAAUUAAAAGACAGCAGGCAUCCCAUUUUGAACUUGAAGUAACGACGAGUGACAGAAAAGCCUCUACCAAGGUCUUGGUUAAAAUCUUAGGUGCAAAUAGCAAUCCCCCUGAAUUUUCCCAGACAGCGUACAAAGCCUCCUUUGAUGAGAAUGUGCCCGUUGGUACUACUGUCAUGAGCGUGAGUGCUGUAGACCCCGAUGAGGGUGAGAAUGGGUACGUGACAUACAGUAUUGCAAAUUUAAAUCAUGUGCCAUUUGUGAUUGACCAUUUCACUGGUGCUGUGAGUACUUCAGAAAACUUGGACUACGAAUUGAUGCCACGGGUUUAUACUCUAAGGAUUCGAGCAUCAGACUGGGGCUUGCCUUACCGCCGGGAAGUUGAAGUCCUCGCUACAAUUACUCUCAAUAACUUGAAUGACAACACACCCUUGUUUGAGAAGAUAAAUUGUGAAGGAACAAUUCCCAGGGAUCUAGGUGUGGGAGAGCAGAUAACUACUGUCUCUGCCAUUGAUGCUGAUGAACUUCAGUUGGUGAGAUAUCAGAUUGAAGCUGGAAAUGAGUUAGAUUUGUUUAGCUUAAACCCUAACUCUGGAGUGUUGUCACUGAAGCAGUCGCUAAUGGAUGGCUUAGGCUCAAAGGUGUCUUUUCACAGUCUGAGAAUUACAGCUACCGAUGGAGAAAACUUUGCCACACCAUUAUAUAUCAACAUAACCGUGGCUGCCAGUCGCAAGUUGGUCAACUUGCAAUGUGAGGAGACCGGUGUUGCCAAAAUGCUGGCAGAGAAACUCCUGCAGGCAAAUAAAUUACACAGUCAGGGGGAAGUUGAGGAUAUUUUCUUUGAUUCUCACUCUGUCAAUGCUCAUGCACCACAGUUUAGAAGUACUCUUCCGACUGGUAUUGAGGUAAAGGAAAACCAUCCUGUGGGUUCCAGUAUAAUUUUCAUGAAUGCUACUGACCUUGACACUGGCUUCAAUGGAAAACUGGUCUAUGCUAUUUCUGGAGGAAAUGAGGAUAGUUGCUUCAUGAUUGACAUGGAAACAGGAAUGCUAAAAAUUUUAUCUCCACUUGACCGUGAGACAACAGACAAAUACACCCUGAAUAUUACUGUAUAUGACCUUGGAAUGCCCCAGAAGGCCACUUGGCAACUUCUAGAUGUUGUGGUCCUGGAUGCCAAUGAUAACCCACCUGAGUUUUUACAGGAGAGCUAUUUUGUUGAAGUGAGUGAAGACAAGGAGAUAAAUAGUGAAAUCAUCCAGGUUGAAGCUACAGAUAAAGAUCUAGGGCCCAAUGGACAUGUGACAUACUCCAUCCUUACAGACACAGAUAAAUUUUCAAUUGACAGUGUGACUGGUGUUGUUAAGAUUAUACACCCUCUGGAUCGUGAAGUACACCGUGUGCACUACUUAAAGAUUGAAGCCAGGGACCAAGCCAGAGAAGAGCCCCCGUUGUUUUCUACUGUACUUUUGAAAGUAUCGCUAGAAGAUGUUAAUGACAACCCACCUAAGUUUAUUCCACCUAAUUACCGUGUGAAAGUUCGAGAGGAUCUUCCAGAAGGAACCAUAAUCAUGUGGUUAGAGGCCCAUGACCCUGAUUUAGGUCAGUCUAGUCAGGUGAGGUACAGUCUUAUGGACCAUGGAGAAGGACACUUCGAUGUGGAUAAGCUUAGUGGAGCCAUUAGAAUUGUACAGCAGUUGGACUUUGAGAAGAAGCAGGUGUAUAAUCUCACUGUGAGGGCCAAAGACAAAGGGAAGCCAAUUUCUCUGUCUUCUACUUGCUAUGUUGAAGUUGAGGUAAUUGACGUGAAUGAGAACUUACACCCACCGGUGUUUUCCAGCUUUGUGGAAAAGGGUGUAGUGAAAGAAGAUGUCCCUCUCGGAUCAUCAGUCAUGGCAGUAUCAGCCCAUGACGAGGACACAGGAAGAGAUGGGGAGAUCCGAUAUUCCAUUAGAGAUGGUUCUGGUGUUGGUGUUUUCAAGAUAGAUGAAGAAACAGGUGUCAUAGAGACUUCUGAUCGACUGGACCGUGAGUCGACCUCCCAUUAUUGGCUAACAGUCUACGCGAGUGAUCAGGGUGUUGUGCCUCUUUCAUCAUUUAUAGAGAUCUACAUAGAGGUUGAGGAUGUCAAUGACAACGCGCCACAGACAUCAGAGCCUGUGUAUUAUCCAGAAAUAAUGGAAAAUUCUCCCAAGGAUGUAUCUGUGGUCCAAAUUGAGGCAUUUGAUCCAGAUUCUAGCUCUAAUGACAAGCUGAUGUACAAAAUUACAAGUGGAAAUCCUCAAGGAUUCUUUUCAAUACAUCCUAAAACAGGUCUCAUCACAACGACAUCAAGGAAACUAGACCGAGAACAGCAAGAUGAACACAUAUUAGAAGUUACGGUGACAGAUAAUGGUAAUCCCCCCAAAUCAACCAUAGCAAGAGUAAUUGUGAAAAUCCUGGAUGAAAAUGACAACAAACCUCAGUUCCUGCAAAAGUUCUACAAAAUCAGACUCCCAGAGCGGGAAAAACCAGACCGAGAAAGAAACUCCAAACGAGAGCCUCUCUAUCGUGUCAUAGCUACAGACAAAGAUGAAGGUCCCAAUGCAGAAAUCUCCUACAGCAUCGAAGAUGGGAAUGAGCAUGGCAAAUUUUUUAUUGAACCAAAAACUGGAGUGGUUUCAUCCAAAAAGUUUUCUGGAGCUGGAGAAUAUGACAUUCUUUCAAUUAAGGCAGUUGAUAAUGGUCGCCCACAAAAGUCAUCAACCACUAGACUCCACAUUGAAUGGAUCUCCAAACCCAAACCGUCCCUGGAGCCAAUUUCAUUUGAAGAAUCGUUUUUUACCUUUACUGUAAUGGAAAGUGAUCCAGUUGCUCACAUGAUUGGUGUGAUAUCUGUGGAGCCUCCUGGCACACCCCUCUGGUUUGACAUCAUUGGUGGCAACUAUGACAGCCAGUUUGAUGUGGACAAGGGCACUGGGACCGUCAUCGUCGCCAAGCCUCUUGAUGCAGAACAAAAAUCAAACUAUAACCUCACAGUUGAGGCUACAGAUGGAACCACCACUAUCCUUACCCAGGUAUUCAUCAAAGUAAUAGACACAAAUGACCAUCGUCCUCAGUUUGCUACAUCAAAGUAUGAAGUUAUUAUUCCUGAAGAUACAGUGCCAGAAACAGAAAUUUUGCAAAUCAGUGCUGUGGAUAAGGAUGAAAAAAACAAACUAAGCUACACUCUGCUGAGUAGCAUUGAUCCAUUGAGUCUGAAGAAAUUUCGCCUUGAUCCUGCAACUGGCUCUCUCUAUACUAGUGAAAAGCUAGAUCAUGAAGCCAUUCACCAGCAUGUUCUCACAGUCAUGGUACGGGAUCAAGAUGUCCCUGUAAAACGCAACUUUGCAAGGAUUGUUGUCAACGUCAGCGACACGAAUGACCACGCCCCGUGGUUCACCAGUUCCUCCUACGAAGGGCGGGUGUAUGAAUCAGCAGCUGUGGGCUCAGUGGUGUUGCAGGUUACAGCUCUGGACAAGGACAAAGGGAAAAAUGCUGAAGUGCUGUACUCAAUUGAAUCAGGAAAUAUUGGAAAUUCUUUCACAAUUGAUCCCAUCUUGGGCUCUAUAAAAACUGCCAAAGAAUUAGACCGAAGUAACCAAGUGGAAUAUGAUUUAAUGGUAAAAGCUACAGAUAAAGGCAGUCCACCAAUGAGUGAAAUAACUUCUGUGCAUGUCUUUGUCACAAUUGCUGACAAUGCCUCUCCUAAGUUCACGUCAAAAGAAUAUUCUGUUGAAAUUAGUGAAACUGUCAGCAUUGGGAGUUUUGUCGGAAUGGUCACAGCCCAUAGUCAGUCAUCAGUGGUAUAUGAAAUAAAAGAUGGAAAUAUAGGUGAUGCUUUUGAUAUUAAUCCACAUUCUGGAAGUAUCAUCACUCAAAAAGCCCUGGAUUUUGAAACUUUGCCCGUUUAUACAUUGAUAAUACAAGGAACUAACAUGGCUGGUUUGUCCACUAAUACAACUGUCCUAGUGCAUCUGCAGGAUGAGAAUGACAACUCGCCAAUUUUUAUGCAGGCAGAAUAUACAGGACUCAUUAGCGAAUCAGCUUCAAUUAACAGUGUGGUCCUAACAGACAAGAACAUCCCUCUAGUGAUUCGAGCAACUGAUGCUGAUAAAGAGUCAAAUGCCUUGCUUGUUUACCACAUCGUUGAGCCAUCUGUACACAAAUAUUUUGCUAUUGAUUCCAGCACUGGUGCUAUUCAUACAGUCCUAAGUCUGGACUAUGAAGAAACAAGUAUUUUUCACUUUACUGUACAAGUGCAUGACAUGGGAACGCCACGUUUAUUUGCUGAAUAUGCAGCAAAUGUGACCGUACAUGUCAUUGACAUUAAUGACUGCCCUCCCGUGUUCUCCAAGUCAGUAUAUGAAGCAUCUCUUUUGUUGCCAUCAUACAAAGGAGUAAAGGUCAUCACAGUAAAUGCUACAGAUGCUGAUUCAAGCUCGUUCUCACAGUUAAUGUACUCCAUCACUGAAGGCAACAUUGGGGAAAAGUUUUUUAUGGACUACAAGACUGGUACUAUAACUGUACAAAACACAACUCAGUUAAGAAGCCGCUACGAGUUGACCAUUAGAGCUUCUGAUGGCAGAUUUGCCAGCUUUACCUCUGUGAAAAUUAAUGUGAAAGAAAGCAAAGAGAGUCAGCUAAAGUUUACCCAAGAUUCCUACUCUGCAGUGGUGAAAGAGAAUUCCACUGAAGCCAAAACACUAGCUGUCAUUAGUGCUAUUGGGAAUCCAAUCAAUGAGCCCUUGUUCUAUCACAUCCUCAACCCAGAUCGCAGAUUUAAAAUAAGCCGCACUUCGGGAGUGCUGUCCACCACUGGUAUUCCCUUUGAUCGCGAACAGCAGGAGUCAGUCAAUGUGGUCGUGGAAGUGACAGAAGAAAAUAAACCUUCAGCAGUAGCCCAUGUUGUUGUGAAGGUCACCGUAGAAGACCAAAAUGACAAUGCACCAGUGUUUGUCAACCUUCCCUACUAUGCUGUUGUUAAAGUGGAUACUGAGGUGGGCCACGUCAUUCGCUACGUCACUGCUGUAGACAGAGACAGUGGCAGAAACGGGGAAGUGCAUUACUACCUUAAGGAACACCACGAACACUUUCAAAUUGGACCUUCGGGUGAAAUUUCGCUGAAAAAGCAGUUUGAAAUUGACACCUUAAAUAAAGAAUAUCUCAUCACAGUGGUUGCAAAAGACGGAGGAAACCCGGCCUUUUCCGCUGAAGUUAUUGUUCCAAUCACUGUUAUGAACAAAGCCAUGCCCGUGUUCGAAAAGCCUUUCUACAGUGCGGAGAUCGCAGAGAACAUCCAGAUGCACAGCCCGGUUGUCCAUGUACAAGCCAACAGCCCAGAAGGGUUGAAAGUGUUCUACAGCAUCACAGACGGAGACCCUUUUAACCAGUUUACCAUUAACUUUAAUACUGGAGUUAUAAAUGUCGUAGCUCCUCUGGAUUUUGAGUCCCACCCUGCAUAUAAGCUGAGCAUACGGGCAACUGACUCCUUGACUGGGGCUCAUGCUGAAGUAUUUGUGGACAUUGUAGUGGAAGACAUCAACGAUAACCCUCCUGUGUUUGUCCAGCAGUCAUAUGCAGCCACCCUGUCUGAGGCAUCUGUCAUUGGAACAUCUGUCGUGCAAGUGAGAGCAACAGAUUCUGAUUCAGAACCAAAUAGAGGGAUUUCUUACCAGCUGUUCGGGAAUCAUAGCAAGAGUCAUGAUCAUUUUCACAUAGACAGCAGCACUGGUCUCAUUUCACUAGUCAGAACCUUGGAUUAUGAACAGUUCCAGCAGCACAAGAUUUUCGUAAGAGCUGUUGAUGGUGGUAUGCCCCCACUGAGCAGCAGUGUGAUUGUCACAGUGGAUGUCACUGACCUCAAUGAUAAUCCACCACUGUUUGACCAACUGAUCUAUGAAGCCAAAAUCAGCGAGCAUGCCACUCACGGGCAUUUUGUGACCUGUGUAAAAGCCUAUGAUGCAGACAGUUCUGACAUAGACAAGUUGGAAUAUUCCAUUCUGUCUGGAAAUGAUCAUAAAAAUUUUGUCAUUGACAGUGAAACGGGGAUCAUCACCCUCUCAAACCUGCGCCGGCACACCUUGAAGCCAUUUUACAGCCUUAACAUUUCUGUUUCUGAUGGAGUUUUUAGAAGUUCAGCUCAGGUUCAUGUCACUGUAAUUGGAGGCAAUUUGCACAGUCCUGUUUUUCUUCAGAAUGAAUAUGAAGUGGAACUAGCUGAAAAUGCUCCCUUACAUACUCUGGUGAUUGAGGUUAAGGCAACUGAUGGGGAUUCUGGUAUUUAUGGUCAAAUUUCUUACCAUAUUGUAAAUGACUUUGCCAAAGACAGAUUUUACACAAACGAGAGAGGACAGAUAUUUACUUUGGAAAAACUUGAUCGAGAAACUCCAGCAGAGAAAGUAAUCCCAGUUCGUUUAAUGGCUAAAGACGCUGGAGGAAAAGUUGCUUUCUGCACCAUUAACGUCAUCCUCACAGAUGACAAUGAUAAUGCGCCACAGUUUCGAGCAACCAAGUAUGAAGUGAACAUCGGAUCCAGUGCUGCCAAAGGUACAUCAGUCAUUAAAGUUCUUGCAAGUGAUGCCGACGAGGGAUCCAAUGCGGACGUCACCUAUGCCAUUGAAGCAGACUCUGAAAGUGUUAAAGAGAAUCUGGAAAUUAACAAACUGUCUGGCGUAAUCACUACAAAGGAAAGCCUAAUCGGCUUGGAAAAUGAGUUCUUCACUUUCUUUGUUAGGGCUGUGGAUAAUGGGUCUCCACCAAGAGAAUCUGUCGUUCCUGUGUAUGUUAAAAUUCUUCCACCAGAAACGCAGCUUCCAAAAUUUUCAGAACCCUUUUAUACCUAUACAGUUUCAGAAGACAUGCCUAUUGGAACAGAAAUAGAUACCAUCCGAGCAGAACAUAGCGGGACUGUUCUCUACAGCCUGAUCAAAGGGAAUACUCCCGAAAGUAACAGGGAUGAGGCCUUUGUGAUCGACAGACAGAGCGGGAGACUGAAACUGGAGAAGAGCCUUGAUCAUGAGACAACUAAGUGGUAUCAGUUUUCCAUACUUGCCAGGUGCACUCGUGAUGACUCUGAGGUGGUGGCUUCUGUGGAUGUCAGCAUCCAAGUGAAAGAUGCAAAUGAUAACAGCCCAGUCUUAGAAUCUAGUCCAUAUGAGGCAUUUAUUGUUGAAAAUCUGCCAGGGGGAAGUAGAGUCAUCCAGAUCAGGGCGUCUGAUCUGGACUCAGGAACCAAUGGCCAAGUGAAGUAUAGCCUGGAUCAGUCACAAAGUGUAGAAGUCAUCGAAUCUUUUGCCAUUAACAUGGAAACAGGCUGGAUUACAACCCUAAAGGAACUUGACCAUGAAAAGAGAGACAGUUACCAGAUUAAAGUGGUUGCGUCGGACCACGGAGAGAAGGUUCAGCUCUCCUCCACAGCCAUCGUGGACGUGACCGUCACUGAUGUCAACGAUAGCCCGCCACGAUUCACGGCAGAGAUCUACAAAGGGACCGUGAGUGAAGACGACCCCCCGGGGGGCGUAAUUGCCAUAUUAAGCACCACUGACGCUGAUUCUGAGGAGAUUAACAGACAGGUCACGUAUUUUAUCACAGGAGGAGAUGCUUUGGGACAGUUUGCUGUUGAAAAUAUACAGAAUGAGUGGAAGGUCUAUGUGAAGAAACCUCUGGACAGGGAAAAAAAGGACAGUUAUCUUCUGACAAUCACAGCGACUGAUGGUACCUUCUCAUCAAAAGCUAUAGUUGAAGUGAAAGUUCUUGAUGCAAAUGAUAACAGUCCGGUUUGUGAAAAGACAUUAUAUUCAGACACCAUUCCUGAAGACGCCCUUCCUGGGAAAUUGAUCAUGCAGAUCUCUGCUACAGAUGCAGACAUCCGUUCCAAUGCUGAAAUCACUUACACGUUAUUUGGUUCAGGUGCAGAAAAAUUCAAACUAAAUCCAGACACAGGUGAACUGAAAACAUUGGCCCCCCUCGACCGUGAGCAGCAAGCAGUGUAUAAUCUUCUAGUCAAGGCCACAGAUGGCGGGGGGAGGUUCUGUCAAGCCAGUGUUGUGCUCACAUUAGAAGACGUGAAUGAUAACGCACCCGAAUUCUCUGCUGACCCUUACACCAUCACCGUGUUUGAGAACACGGAGCCGGGGACGCUGCUGACACGAGUGCAGGCCACCGACGCCGACGCAGGAUUGAAUCGAAAGAUUUCCUACUCACUGCUGAACUCUGCUGAUGGGCAAUUCUCCAUUAAUGAGUUAUCUGGUAUCAUUCAAUUAGAAAAGCCUUUGGAUAGAGAACUCCAGGCCGUAUAUACCCUUACUUUGAAAGCUGUAGAUCAAGGCUUGCCAAGGAGGCUGACGGCUACUGGCAGUGUUAUUGUGUCAGUUUUGGACAUAAAUGACAACCCCCCUGUGUUUGAAUACCGUGAGUAUGGUGCCGCAGUGUCUGAGGACACUCUCGUUGGAACAGAAGUUCUUCAAGUGUAUGCAGCAAGUCGGGAUAUUGAAGCAAAUGCAGAAAUCACCUACUCAAUAAUAAGUGGAAAUGAACAUGGAAAAUUCAGCAUAGAUUCUAAAACAGGGGCCAUCUUUAUCAUUGAGAAUCUGGACUAUGAAAGCUCUCAUGAAUAUUACCUAACUGUAGAAGCCACUGACGGAGGGACGCCUUCGCUGAGCGAUGUUGCAACUGUGAACAUUAAUGUAACUGAUAUCAAUGACAACACCCCCGUGUUUAGCCAGGACACCUACACAACAGUAAUCAGUGAAGAUGCUGUUCUCGAGCAGUCUGUCAUUACGGUUAUGGCUGAUGAUGCUGACGGACCUUCAAACAGCCACAUCCGCUACUCCAUUAUAGAUGGCAAUCGGGGAAGCCCAUUUACGGUUGACCCCGUCAAGGGAGAAGUGAAAGUGACCAAACUGCUAGACCGGGAAACAGUAAGUGGAAAAUGGAAUGAUGACAAAGCAUUUGACAUUGACCAGCAAGGCGUCCUGCUGACUUCAGCUGCCAUAAAGAGGAAAGUGAAAGAUCAUUACUUGCUGCAUGUACUCAGGGGUGGUUCUUGGGAGAUUCAUGCAACCGACCAAGACGUGUACGACACUUUAACCUACAGUCUCGAUCCCCAAAUGGACAACCUGUUCUCUGUCUCCAGCACAGGGGGUAAGCUGAUAGCACACAAAAAGCUGGAUAUAGGGCAGUACCUUCUCAACGUCAGUGUAACAGACGAAUUUACAGCAGUGGCUGACGUCACAGUACAUAUCAGACGAACCCAAGAGAUGUUGAACCACACCAUUGCUAUCCGCUUUGCAAUCUCACCCGGAGAGAUUGUCGGUGACUACUGGCGCAACUUCCAGCGAGCUUUGCGACUCUUGGGUGUGCGGAGGAACGACAUACAGAUUGUUAGUUUGCAGCCCUCUGCUCAUCCGCAUCUGGAUGUCUUACUCUUUGUAGAGAAAUCGGGUAGUGCCCCUUCAACAAAACAGCUUCACACAAGAUAUUCUUCUGUGGCUGAUAUUGAGAAAUCAUUGGUGUUAGCAUAUUGAGUGUUCCAGAAACUCUGUGCAGGACUGGAUUGCCCCUGGAAGUUCUGCGAUGAAAAGGUGUCUGUAGAUGAAAAUGUAAUGUCAACACACAGCACAGCCAGACUGAGUUUCGUGACUCCUCGCCACCACAGGACAGCUGUGUGUCUCUGCAAAGAGGGAAAAUGCCCCCCUGUCCACCUUGGAUGUGAAGACAAUCCAUGCCCUGAGGGAUCCGAAUGUAUCACUGAUCCCAGAGAAGAGAAAUACACCUGUGUCUGCCCUGGAGGCAAGUUUGGUCAGUGCGCAGGGAGUUCAUCUAUAACAUUUACUGGAAACAGCUUCGUGAAAUACCGUCUAAUGGAAAAUGAAAACAAACUAGAGAUGAAAUUGUCAAUGAGGCUCAGAACCUAUUCUGCUCAUGCAGUUGUAAUGUAUGCUCGAGGAACUGACUACAGUAUCUUGGAGAUUCAUAAUGGACGACUGCAAUACAAAUUUGACUGUGGAAGUGGCCCUGGAAUUGUCUCUGUUCAAAGCAUUCAGGUCAACGAUGGACAGUGGCAUGCAGUGUCUCUUGAAGUGAAUGGAAACUAUGCUAGAUUGGUUCUAGACCAAGUUCACACCGCAUCAGGCACAGCCCCAGGGACACUGAAAACUCUGAACCUGGAUAACUAUGUGUUUUUUGGUGGCCAUAUCCGUCAGCAAGGAACAAGGCAUGGAAGAAGCCCCCAAGUUGGUAAUGGGUUCAGGGGUUGUAUGGACUCCAUUUAUUUGAAUGGGCAGGAGCUCCCUUUAAAUAGCAAACCAAGAAGCUAUGCACACAUUGAAGAGUCAGUGGAUGUAUCUCCUGGGUGCCUACUAACAGCUACAGAAGACUGCUCAAGUAACCCUUGUCAGAAUGGAGGCAUUUGCAAUCCAUCACCUAACGGAGGUUAUUACUGCAAAUGCAGUGCCUUACACAUAGGGACGUACUGUGAGGUGAGCGUCAAUCCGUGUUCCUCCAAUCCAUGCCUCUAUGGAGGGACAUGCAUUGUAGACAAUGGAGACUUUAUUUGCCAGUGUAGAGGAUUAUAUACUGGUCAGAGGUGCCAGCUUAGUCCAUACUGCAAAGAUGAGCCCUGUAAAAAUGGUGGAACUUGUUUUGACAGUUUGGAUGGUGCUGUUUGUCAGUGUGAUUCAGGUUUUAGGGGAGAAAGGUGUCAGAGUGACAUUGACGAAUGUGCUGGAAACCCGUGCCGGAACGGAGCCCUUUGUGAGAAUACGCAUGGCUCCUAUCACUGCAACUGCAGCCACGAGUACAGGGGGAAACACUGCGAGGAUGCUGCUCCCAAUGAAUAUGUGUCCACUCCAUGGAAUAUUGGACUGGCAGAAGGAAUUGGAAUUAUUGUUUUUAUAGCAGGGAUAUUUUUACUGGUGGUGAUAUUUGUCCUCUGCCGCAAGAUGAUUAGUCGAAAGAAGAAACACCAGGCUGAACCUGAAGACAAACACUUGGGACCAACCACAGCUUUCCUGCAAAGGCCGUAUUUUGAUUCAAAAUUAAAUAAGAACAUUUACUCUGACAUACCACCCCAGGUGCCUGUCCGUCCUAUUUCCUACACUCCAAGCAUUCCAAGUGACUCUAGAAACAAUCUUGACCGAAAUUCCUUUGAAGGAUCUGCUAUCCCAGAGCAUCCCGAAUUCAGUACUUUUAACCCUGAGUCUGUGCACGGACACCGAAAAGCUGUGGCUGUCUGCAGCGUGGCCCCAAACCUGCCUCCCCCUCCGCCUUCUAACUCCCCUUCUGACAGUGACUCCAUCCAGAAGCCUAGCUGGGACUUUGACUAUGACACUAAAGUGGUGGAUCUUGAUCCCUGUCUUUCCAAGAAACCUCUGGAGGAAAAGCCCUCUCAGCCGUACAGUGCCCGGGAAAGCCUGUCUGAGGUGCAGUCCCUGAGCUCCUUCCAGUCUGAGUCAUGCGAUGACAAUGGCUAUCACUGGGAUACGUCAGACUGGAUGCCGAGUGUUCCUCUGCCCGAUAUACAAGAAUUCCCCAAUUACGAAGUUAUUGAUGAGCAGACACCCCUGUACUCAGCAGAUCCAAAUGCCAUCGAUACAGACUAUUAUCCUGGAGGUUACGACAUUGAAAGUGACUUCCCGCCACCGCCGGAGGACUUCCCUGCACCUGAUGAACUGCCGCCAUUGCCUCCGGAAUUCAGCGAUCAGUUUGAAUCCAUACACCCUCCCAGAGACAUGCCUGCUGCAGGUAGCUUGGGCUCUUCGUCGAGAAACCGGCAGAGGUUCAACCUGAAUCAGUAUUUGCCCAGUUUCUACCCCAUCGAUAUGUCUGAACCUCUAACAAAAGGCACUGGUGAGAAUAGUACUUGUAGAGAACCCUACGCCCCUUACCCUCCAGGGCAUCAAAGAAACUUCGAAGCCCCCACUGUAGAAAACCUGCCCAUGUCUGUGUACGCUUCCACAGCUUCCUGCUCCGACGUGUCGGCCUGCUGCGAAGUGGAGUCUGAGGUCAUGAUGAGUGACUAUGAGAGUGGGGACGAUGGCCACUUUGAAGAGGUGACCGUCCCUCCGCUGGACUCCCAGCAGCACACGGAAGUCUGACGCUCAACUCCCCCCAAAGUGCCUGGACUUUAAUGAACCUAGAGAUUAUAUAAGUAACCCUGUGCAUUGUUCUUUGCGGCAGUGCUUAAGCGCUUUUUCUUGGUGAGCUGAGAUGGGCAUGGCUGCACCGGCUCCCACGCCUCUUGACAUUAGCCAUUUCCAGUGUCCUAACCUACUGUAACCGGAUGAGGUUGUCCUUGGGCUGUGCCAUUUCUAAACAUCUUUUGGUAUUUACGUUUGUCUGUGUUAAAAUAAUGAAACGAAAAUCAGUCCUACCAUCUUGUUAGCAUGAUUCAUGUAUUUAUAUAGAUUUGAUUAUUUUAAUUUUCCUGUCUUUUUUUUUGUAAAUUUUAUGUACAGAUUUGAUUUUUCAUAGUUUUAACUAGAUUUUCAAGAUAUUUUUUGUGCAUUUGUUUUAAACUGAAUUUUGGUGGUGUUAGUGCCAUUACCUAGCACCCUGAUUUUUUAAUAUAACCAGGGUUUCACUGUAUGUCUUUUUCCACAGAAGUAUAUUUCAUUAAUACAUUUCAAUAUAGUCAUUCAUUUCUAGCUGUACAUAGAAUGAGGAAAGAUCUGAUACAUGGACAUGUCUUACUGUAUUUUAGAAUUAUAAACAUUUUUCAUUAUUGGAAAGUGUAAUGGGGACCUUCUGCAUACCUGUUUAGUACCAAAACCACCAUGACACAGUUUUUAUAGUGUCUGUAUAUUUGUGAUGCAAUGGUCUUGUAAAGGUUUUUACUGAAAACUAUCAUUAGCCAGUCUUUCUUACUGACAAUAAAUUAUUAAUAAAAUACUU